AUGUUUCAGUUGCCGGCUUUGGCUGCAUUAUUGGCAACAACAGGCUCGGCCACCCUGUUCAGCUCCAUUCCUCUCAACCUAUCCGCAAACCUAACAGAAUUCAACUUUCAUGUUACCACAGACAAACUAGAGAGAUUUCAAACCUCACUGUCAGCCUCCAACGUUGUCGCAGAUGACUGGUAUAACCGGCACCAGAACAUCCAACUCGGCACCACAAGAUCAUGGCUUGCAGAGGCCAAGGAGGCAUGGAUUAAUUUUGAUUGGAGGGACAAGGAAAACCAUAUCAAUAGGUUCCCUAACUUCAACAUCCUAAUCGACGACAACAAUCUUGGUCUCACAAACAUUCACUUCAUUGCCCUCUUUUCCCAGAAAAAAGACGCUUUACCUCUCCUAUUCUUACAUGGGUGGCCUGGGUCGGUCAUAGAAUUUCUCCCAGUCUUGGACAUCCUAACUUCAAAGUACAAUGCGGACACACUCCCAUACCAUGUCAUCAUACCGUCCUUGCCACACUACGGGCUCUCUGGAGGUCCGUCGGAUGUGGAGCUCACAUUAAGCGACGCAGCAAGACUUAUGAACGAGCUGAUGCGAAGCCUUGGUUUCGCCUCGGGUUAUGUCGUCCAAGGAGGUGAUAUCGGGAGCUUUAUUGCCAGGAUACUGUCGGCAACAUAUCCUGAAUGCAAAGCAUUUCACAUAAACAUGCUGGCGCCCUCAUCUCUGAAGGAAAUUCUCAGCAAUGCAAACAUUACCGCGACGGAAACUGAACAUGUUCAGCACAUGUACGAUUUCAGUGCUAAUGGAUCAUCUUACAUUCUCGAACACGGAUUGAGGCCAUCGACGAUCGGGCUUGUUCUCGCUUCGAGUCCGCUUGCUGCGUUGUCCUGGAUCGGGGAAAAGCUCAUCGAAUGGCCAGACCACAGAUAUACCCUAUCGCUCGACAACAUUCUCACAUUGGUCACCUUCUAUUGGCAUACGAACUCUUUCUCACGCAACCUUUACCCAUAUCGACCCAUGGCGGCAGCCGCCGUGGAAAAUAAGUUGUUCAAUGUUCCAACUUCCAAAGCGAAACCUUUGGGAUACUCGGUAUUUCCAUCGGAAAACAUUCUCAUGCCCGAAGCAUGGGCCAAAAAAGCUUAUCCAAAUUUGGUGUACUACAAGCGAAAUGAGAAGGGAGGGCAUUUCGCUGCAUUGGAACAGCCUGAAAUAUUCCUGAGUAAUGUGGAAGAUUUCCUCACGUUGGUUAGGCCGCUCAUCGGCAUCUGA